CAGAGGGGCAGCAUGGCGAGCAGCACGUUCGGGAAACUGUGGCAGGAGUCCCGGGUGGCCCUGAAGGAGCUUCUGGGGCAGGAGCUGCCGGCGCAGCCGACGAAGCCGGAGCGGAACCGGGCGGUGUUCUUCCACACCGUGGCCACUCUCUACCUGCGCUACAUUCAGACGGCGCGGCGCCUCGAUGUUUGUUACGACCAGAUUGUGCAUCCGCAGAAGCGCCUGGUGCUGCGGCCUCUGCUCGACGGCGUGCUGGGCCGCAUCCUGGAGCUCAAGCAGGAGCUUGUGGAGCUGGACAUGUCCGAAUACCACUACAUGGACCAAGUGCUGGAGGAGCUCAAGCUGACGCCGGCGGACAUGGAGGUCCCCAUUCCCAAGUACUUUCUCCACGAGCGCGCCAGGAUUCUCCAGGACCGCCAGGACUUGUUGGGCGGAAUCCUGAAUCAAGUGGGGCCCACCAAGAGCACGAUCGUGCGGCCCAGCAUGCCGCGGGAGGAGGCAGUGCGGCUGAUUCAGAUGGCCGAGCGGAUGCGCCAAGGCCGCCUGCGCGCGCGCUUCAUGUGGGAGAUCCGGAGGGACGAGGAGCGCGAGAGGAAGGUGCGGGAGAGCGGCUUCUACGAGCCCAACCGAGACCUGGCCGCCAUCACCAUCCAGAAGAUCUGGAAAGGGUGCGUGCAGCGACGAUUCAUUAAACUAUCCCGGCAGAUGGAGAUGAUCUUCCUUGGCAUGGAGCUGGAGCCGGAGCUGGCGGGCCCCACGCCGGCCAUGAUCCGGGCGCAGCUGGGCGAGGAGCUGCGCCGCAUGCGCCAGGCGGACUACGAGGCCGAGUACCAAUUGGCGCUGGACAGCAUCCGCGACACCAUCUACGAAGUGGAGGGACCCAGCAUGUGCGAGGCGCUCAAGGAUCAGCUGCGCCAGUGGUUCAUCGAGUGCCGCGACCUGGUCGGCUCCUUCCCCGACUACCCUGAUGAGCAGAUGGGGGGCUGCAAUGUCCUCUUUGCUCAGAAGACCCCCGAAGAGGUGCAAGCUGAGCUGGAUCUGGCCGAGCUGAAGGCAGAAACCAAGAAGAAGGAGAAGAAGAAGGAGAAGGAGGAGAAAGGCAAAGGGGAGAAGGAGAAAGGGAAGGAGAAGGAAAAAGGGAAGGAGAAAAAGAAAGCGGAGGAAGACGAAGGCCUGCUGCUCCACCCCUCCAAGUUCCUGCCAACCAUCAACCAGGGCUACCUGCGCUACACAGGCUGCUGGAGUGACCGUGACGAGGCCAUCAACUUUGAUCAGCGCUACCAGGAGGACCUGAUCAAGGUGGACAAGCGGAAGGAGGUGGAGGAGGAGAUACGGCUGCAGGUGGAUGAGCUGAUGCGACAGGAGCUUCAGCAGCUCAAGCUGGCCAUCGACCAGGAAGUAGCGAGGCCGGUCAAGGCCAAGGCCAAGAAGAGUGCCAAGAAAAAGGGGAAGAAAGGGAAAAAGGAGAAGGACCUGACACCAGACAGGACCCUCGAAUCCCUCUAUGAGGAGCUUGUGCUUGAGGGCAUCAUUAAGAAGCCGCAGAAGGUGCAGCUGGCCGAUUACACAGGUGACUUCUGCUACCUGGGCACCUACCUCCGCCAGCAGGAGAUCGAGCCAAUCCCCUCCACUAUGGACGUGCGCCAGAACAUUGCCCUGUAUGCAAUCCUGCGUCUGGGCUCUCAGGCUGUGCAUGAGAUGGCCCCCCUGGUGAAGUCCCUCCUCCUGGCCGGUCCAGGGGGCACUGGGAAGAAGAUGCUGGUCCACGCCGUGUGCACAGAGACAGGCGCCAACCUUUUUGACCUCUCCCCAAGGAACCUGAUUGGGAAGUAUCCAGGCAAGGCCGGCCUUCAGAUGAUGAUCCACCUGGUGUUCAAGGUGGCCCGUCUCCUGCCGCCAUCCGUCAUCUGGGUGGGGGACGCAGAGAAGACCUUUUACAAGAAGGUCCCCAAAGAGGAGAAGGAGCACGACCCCAAGCGGCUGAAGAAGGACCUUCCCAAGGCAUUGAACCUGCUGAAGGCCGAGGACCGCGUCCUCCUGAUGGGAACGUCCAACCAGCCCUACCUGGCCGACAUCAAGGGCCUCUGCAAGACCUAUGAGAGGAUCUUCCUCAUCCACCGGCCAGACUAUGCCUCACGCUACGUGACGUGGAAGCGGCUGGUCGAGAGGCACGGCGGGGUCGUCACCAGCACCCUGGACCUCAGUGCGCUGGCGAAGGUGUCGGACGGCUACAGCCAGGGCAGCAUGGCUGAGGCAGUGAAGUCCUUGCUGAGCGAGAGGCGCCUUCUGCAGCUCCCCAAAAGGCCGCUGAACGCCGGGGAGCUCCUGCAGAUGCUGGCCAGGGCGGACCCCAUCUACCCCGCGGAAGAGGCGAUGCUCAGAGAUUGGUACAGCAAGACCCCCCUGGGCAAGAAGAAGCUGGCCGAACAGGAGAAGCUCAAGUCAUCUGAUACGAAAGACAAGAAGAAGAAGAAGAAAUAG